AUGCUUGCUUCACAGCUUUCGGGGUGCGUCCAGCCAAGCGCAAAACCUCGAAAGGCGCACAAUGGGAAUCGACUUGAGCUAUCGCGCGUGGCACAGUUCCCUGCCUGGCUUAGCCCCGCUGCUGCAGAGAGCCUUGCGCGGCGACUUCAUUUGGCCUCAAUCCGCAGCAUCGAUGCAGAGGACAAAGGGGGCUCUGUCAAAGCUGCACAGCAGCCGCCUCAAACAGGUUGGUGGCAGAACAAAACGCCAUCACCUGAACGCGAGAUGCAGCCUCUGACAGAAGACCCACUCUGGUGGUUUAUGGUCAGUCUCAUUCGGGAGCUUGCCAUUGCCCGCCAACAUCGGUCGAUGUCCAAUGCUUUGCUGCCAAAGCUCCAUGCCGUCAACCUGACGAGCCUGCAGUCCAGCAUGUCGGAAACCUGUGUUGGCUGCGAGCUUCUCGAGAAGAUGGUGGCCACGCUGAUGUGGGAAGCUCCGAGGCAGAAUCCUCAGACCCCAGUACGCACUACUCGCAUCACUGCACAAGACCUUUGCAAGAAGAACAAAUCCCACUGGGCGUACUCGUAG